AACUAACGAUAGACGGCGCCACAGUACGAGCACGAUGGCUGCGCCAGGAAAGCUUACAAGGUUCUAUGAAUUUGGCAAGAAAAUCAUUUGUAUUGGAAGAAACUACAGAGAGCAUGCAGCUGAACUAGGAAAUCCAGUGCCGACUGAGCCUUUACUCUUUAGCAAGCCAACGACUGCAUACAUACGUGAAGGUCAAAAUAUACAGAUUCCACGAGGUUGUUCUAGUCUUCACCACGAGGUGGAGCUAGGUGUUGUUAUAGGAAAGACUGGGAAAAACAUUCAUCCAGGUAGAGCCAUGAACCACGUUGGAGGGUACGUGCUUGCGUUGGACAUGACCGCUCGUGACCUACAGGCUAAGGCGAAGAAGAAGGGUCAUCCCUGGUUAAUCGCAAAGGGUUUCGACACCUCGUGUCCCGUCAGCGAAUUCAUCCCGUUGAAGAUGAUCCCGGAUCCAAACAGUGUGCAGCUGUGGCUCAAAGUGAACGGCGCUACGCGACAGGACGGCACGACGGCCGACAUGAUCUUCGGGAUUGCCGAGCUGCUGAGCUACAUCAGCACGUACUUCACGCUGGAGGAGGGAGAUCUCGUUCUGACGGGAACCCCGAGCGGGGUCGGCGAGGUCGUGGAGGGCGACGUCAUCACGUGCGGACUGGGGAACCUCGCCGAGAUGUCGUUCAGCGUAGAGAAUCCGCACAAACGCGACAGGAUACAGUUGUCCUCGGUCGAUUAACACGUUGGGCUAGUAGGAGUUAUGAUAUUGGACCUGUGAUAGUUUUAGUAAUGUUGGGGUAAUGUACCUAAAAUGAGUCAGUCGUUUGUAAAUGUAUAUUGUUUUGUUAUUAUUGUUGCUAAUAUUCAAUUUACUGUUAAACAGUAAUUAAACAUUUUAUAACGAUAUAAUAAUAAAAAGGUACUCCUAGCUUAUUGGAAGAUAUUA